AUGUUUCCAUACGUGGAGAACUACGACGGCUAUGCGGUACGGCAGUACAUGAUAGACAAUGUAGACAUUCUCGGCUACCUGAGCUUUGGCUACCUCGCCUUUGUGUGGAAGGCGCCCGGUGUGGUGAAGCGGCUCAACGGUGACACGAACCGCAUCAGCAACUCGGCAGCCCUCCGCUAUGCCAUCAUUGUGUGGAACCUCCUCCUGUCGGCUUUCUCCUUCUUUGGCAUGAUUGUCGUCGUACCGGCUCUCAUCCGCAACGCGUACAAACUCGGCAUGCACCGGGCGCUGUGCGAACAGAACGACGAGCUGUUUUAUUCCUCCUCGGUGGGCUUUUGGAUCGGCAUGUUCGUGCUGUCGAAGGUGCCGGAGCUGGUCGACACGGUGCUACUGGUGCUGCAGGGCAAGGUGCCGCCGUUCCUACACUGGUACCACCACACUACGGUGAUGAUAUUCUCCUGGCACACCUACUGCGCGAACAUCACCACGAUGAUUAUCUUCGCCGCCAUGAACCUGAUGGUGCAUUUCAUCAUGUACCUCUACUUCGCCCUGUGUGCGUGUGGCUUUAAGAAGACAAUGCGUAAGUUUGCCCCGCUCAUCACAAUGCUGCAGAUUGCCCAGAUGGUGGUGGGCACCAUUGUGACGGUGUACUCGGCGUACGAGGUGUACGUCCCGCCGGCGGGUGUCGCGUCUGGCUGCCACGUGACGAAGUCGAGUGCGCGGAUGGGGGUGGCGAUGUACCUCAGCUACCUGUACCUCUUCUCCGUCAUGUUCUUCCACUCCUACGUGAGGGCGCCGAAGCGGCCGCCACCAGCAGCAGCAACGACUGCGAAGAAGGAAUGA